AUAGCUCAAACAUUCAACCAAAUCUAGCUCUCAAACAAAUUCUAUUCAAAAUUCAUUAAGAAAACACUUUUGCAUUGUCAUGGCCAAAAAGAAGAGUAGAGGUAGCAUUGUGAAGCUCAUUGAGAAGCUACAAAAGAGGCUAUUGCUAGUGAGAAACAAAUCAUCAUCAACCUAUGUGCCAGAGGAUGUAAAAGAGGGACAUUUUGCUGUUAUAGCUGAAGGUAUGAAAGAACAAGAAUCAGAGAGAUUUGUGCUUCCAUUGAGUUGUUUAACAAAUCCAAUUUUUGUGAGGCUUUUGGAGCAAGCAGAAGAAGAGUAUGGUUUUGAUCAUGAAGGUGCACUAACCAUUCCUUGCAAGCCUAGUGAGCUUCACAAGAUGCUACUACAUGAGGAUUCUUGUCAUAAUUCUAUGGUUUUUCAAAACUAUUGAUAAUUAAAUAAUAAGAUGCAUAUAUAUAUGUUAUAGGAAGUAUGUUAGAUUUAUAUUAAAGUGAGAUUAAGUUGUUUUAGUUUAAUCCAAAUGAAAUACAAUAGUUAAUGAUGAAGA